GUCUCUAUUUACACAAAAAUGCACUUUGCCAACUUAUAAGUUAAAGGUUGGCAAUGCUUCAAAAAAAACUUAGUAUGUGCUUCUGAACCGUGUUCUAUUUGGCGGAAGAAGAUGAUUGAAUUCUAAUGCAUGGUGCUGUGUGCGUCUUCUAGAGCACUAUAGUUGCAUACGGAGCGGUUCCAUGCAGAACUUUGUGCUAUAGCUGAAACACGAACCCGUGGGACUUGAUCUAUUAUGUUCGAACAGGGUAAUAUUUAAUGAUUCAAUUGAUUGAUCUUUGUCUAGGACCAGCCAGGACGACAACUCAUAGGACAUGGAUUUCACAAAAUCAGCACCGAGUCUGCACACGCUCCCAGAGGAGAUAUUGUGCUACUUGUUCUCCUUCCUUCGUGCCUCAUCGAUCUUGAACUGUACAUCAACGUGUCGCUACCUUCACAAAGUCCUUGAUAACUCCUCUGCACUGCAGUAUACGAUUGAACUCGAAGCACAAAAAAUGGUGGAGGUUACUGCGCCAGACGCAAUGACAUCUCCUGCAGAACGCUUAGAGAUACUGAGAAACCAAAUGUGUUCCUGGCGAGCGUUUAAGCCCACCAUCAUAGAUCAAUUUCUGCAGCCAGGUGGCGAGGUAUCCGUGUCAUUCGGGCAUUUGUCUACCUGGGAUGAUCGUCCCCAGAUCGCGCAAAUUCGCAUGCUGGACUCAGUCCCUUCGAAGUCCCAGUCAUAUAGGCGCUGGAAUGCAGGCAGUUAUCCGAUGACAAAAGACACUCCUUUCCGAGUCCACAGCGUCUGCAUGGACCCAUCACAAGAUUUAUUUGCUUUUGUGGUACUCGAGCCGAACCACAUGGCAGAAAUCUCUUGCAGGAUUUACUUGGAGACUCUGAGCACGAGCGAGCCGCACCCUUUGGCUGCCAGUGAGAUCCUGACCUCCUUCAAGCCACACAUUUCAGCAAACUGUCACCUUGACCAGACAAGGACAAAGCUCAAAAUCUGGGGGGACUGCAUAGUACUCUUGAACAUCUGCGAUGAAUAUUCUGCAUGUCCUGCAAGAAUGCAGAUUUGGAACUGGCAAGAGAAACAGGACUUCAAGUGUGUCUAUCGAGAACAGGAACCAUACGGCAAGAUGGAUGACUGCUGUAUCGUGAACCGAGAUCACUUGAUCGUAUCAUCUAGAAUGACCGGCCGCCAACUACGCAAACUGAGCAUCUUUUCAUUUUCUGACCUUGGGAGACCUCCAGUCCGCGUUGCGGAGUGUGUCCUACCCUUUCAACCAGAGGCAACAUUCCUGCGGCAUUCUCCAUUUGUAACCAUCAGCCCAGAUAUCUGUCGUUCUAUGACCCCUCAGGAAGCACGCUUCUAUCCAAACGCUAAAAAUCAACUCAUUGCUCUCAACGUUGACGGUCCACCCAGCCUCGUCCUUAUCAUUGACACCGAUAAACUCCUCACUGUCUGCCAAAGCGGCAUACAUACUGAGGGUCAGAGCCCCGUUUUGUCCUGGAAGGAAUGGGGCCCAAACUGUUCGCGAUGCAUUGUAGACCCUGUACCUAACAGCAUUUUCGUCCUGCGUUUGGAAGUCGCCGGCGGUAGAGCAGUCCACGCUACCCCAAAUGAUGUCAGCUGCACAUCUUAUAGCCUGCGCACGUACGACUUCAAUAAGUAUCGCAUGUCGCGUGCCGCAGCUUCCAAGGACUUUCGUGGCUGCAUUAUUACAGAACCAUCGACAGUCAAACACCAACAACUCGAUGAAGACAUUGUAACAAGCCUUCCUUACAUGGUCGUUGUGGACGAGGAACGCAUCGAGACGGCUGCGAGCAUGAUAGAUGUCACUUUCGAUGACGAGAACAUCUUGAUCAUCAAGAGCUCGGAGCAGGAUGAAAACGAAUUUGUAAUCAAUGUUGCUAGGCUCUCCUCUAUGGCUUUGCGGGGGAAAUAGGAUGUAUGGAAUUGUAGAAUUUAUGUCAUUAAAAGGACUGCGAAGCUGCGUCGAACCAAUGUUGGACGUCAUGUUAUUGAGAUUGGUUUAUUAUAGUUUUUGAGUCCUGACCUGCAUAUUCUGUAGUACACGGUGCUAUGCACUGGACAAAAUUAAAUAAAUAAUUGCGGGGUGAAAAAGAAAAA